AUGGAGUCUCCCCCCAGCAGCAGCAGCAGCAGCAGCCACUUGCUGGGCAGCGCCGGGGGCCUCCUGCCCGGCGGGCUGGGCUCGGGCUUCAGCAGCCUGCAGAGCCCCGAGCUGGGCAGCCCUCACGGCGGAGGCUCCUCCUCGGCAGCCGCGGCCUCCCCUCCGCCGCCGCCGCUGCCCAGCUUCGGCACGCCCUGGUCGGUGCAGACCUCGCCGCCGCCGCCGCCUCAGCAACCGCCGCCGGGCCACCAGCAGCCGCAGCAGCCGCCUCCUCCGGCCGCCUCAGCCGCCGCCAUGGCUCCUCCGCCCAGCCCGGAGUCGUCGUCGUCUUCGGAGGGCGGCAGCAGUUUCUACGCGGCGGGCGGCGGCGGGAUGCCGUCGUCCCUCAACCCGGCUUUCUUCCAGAGCUUCUCGCCCGUGUCGACCCACGCCGCCUCGGUGGGGCCUUUCGGAAGCCCCUUCUCGCCAGCGCCGCCGCCGCCUCAGAUCAGUUUACCUCAGCAGCAGCAGCAGCAGCAGAACCGGCGCUCGCCCGUCAGCCCGCAGCUGCAGCAGCAGCACCACCAACACCAGGCGGCCGCGGCCGCGGCGGCAGCCGCUUUCCUGCAGCAGAGGAACUCCUACAACCACCACCAGCCUCUUCUGAAGACAUCACCCUGGAGCAACCAUCAGAGUACUGGCUGGAGCACAGGAAAUAUGUCUUGGGGAAGUGUGCAUGGUAGAGACCAUCGUAGAACUGGAAACAUGGGAAUUCCAGGAACUAUGAACCAGAUCUCUCCCUUAAAGAAGCCGUUUUCUGGUAACGUCAUAGCUCCUCCCAAGUUUACUCGUUCUACUCCAUCGCUGACUCCUAAAUCAUGGAUUGAAGAUAAUGUUUUCCGAACAGACAGCAACAGUAACACGCUCUUACCCUUACAGGAUCGAAACAGAAUGUAUGACAGUCUGAAUAUGCAUUCCUUGGAAAAUUCACUCAUUGAUAUAAUGAGGGCUGAACAUGAUCCUCUUAAAGGUCGUUUGAAUUACCCACAUCCAGGAACUGACAAUCUUCUAAUGUUAAAUGGUAAGAGCUAGUCUUCUAGCAGUUUAAUUUUCUAUUGUCAUAGUAAGCUUAUUUUUUUAUGUACCGCUGCAUUAUGUUACUGAAUAAUCCACAAAUAAUCAAAGAUAGCCAGCUUUUUUGAGAACCAUGGCUGUCUUCCACUUCCAAAAAGUAGUAGCUCAUUUUACAGUAUGUUAUAUAUCGUUGUAUCCAAUGCAUUUUGUGUGUGGAAGUACUCGACAAUGUGGAGUUCUGGUUCCUCUAUUUUUGCUGCUCACAGAAGCCAUGUUAUGCUAGCACCUACAAAACUUAACAUCAAUAUAAAACUACUGGCGUUAAAAUAAAAUAAAAAACAGAAACCAAAAGUUACUAAUUAUAGCAUUUCAGGUAUGCUUUUCCUCCUCCAUCUGCUGUAUUUUCUACCAAUAUAUGACAAUUCAUUUGAAAUUUUGUCAUCUGACACACUUACUUUACAUGGUUGAAAUAAGUUUGCUUUUCUGUAAUGAUGCUUCCUGCAAAUUGUGUUUGCUACCAGGGGUGCCAACUUGAAUAAAAUACUAUGGGGGCCCGAGUAAGCCCUGGCCCACAUAAUCUAUCACAUGAUGCAGUGCACACAUACAAUUUGAAUGAGAAUGCCCAUCAACUUUGUGGGGGCCUGGCCUCCUCACAUAUUUUAUUGUGGGGACUAAAGCCUCCAUGGUCCCUAGGAGCUGGUUCCUGUGUUUACAACUAAAAGGAUUUAGAUUUAAAACACUCCUUGGGUGCAUAGGAUUGCAAGUCUUACUUGGAGCUAAUGAAAUCAGUGGGAUUUACUUCUGAAUAAACAUGCAUAUAAUUAUGCUGUUAGACAAUAGAGUGAGGGCAUUUGCGGUUUCAUAAACACAGAAUUCCAUUAUCUACUGUACAGUUUGCCAUGCUUGCAUUUAUGAAUAGUGAAGAAUUCAAGUUUUAAUACUUCAUAUAAAUGCAAAAACAAAUCAGAAUUGCCACGACCAUAGGAGCGUAC